AUGAGCAAUGAAGUUAUUAAUGUAUUAAUUACUGGUGCAGCAGGUCAAAUUGCAUAUUCAUUAAUUUUCAAUGUAUGUAAAGGUGAUAUGUUUGGUUUAGAUCAACGUAUUAAAUUACAUCUUUUAGAUAUUCCACAAAUGGUAGACUCAUUGAAAGGUAUUGUAAUGGAGAUUCAAGAUGGUGCAUAUCCAUUGAUCGCUGAUACAGUUAUAACUGCCGAUGUUAAAGAAGCAUUCACUGGUGUACAUUAUGCAAUUUUAGUUGGUGCUAUGCCACGUAGAGAAGGUAUGGAAAGAGCUGAUCUUUUGAAAGCAAACGCAGCAAUCUUCAAAGUUCAAGGUAAAGCACUCGCCGAACAUGCAAAUAAGAAUGUUAAAGUAUUGGUAGUUGGUAAUCCAGCCAAUACCAAUGCACUCAUUGCACAAGUAUCAGCCAAUGGCAUUCCAAAGGAGAACUUUACAUGUCUCACUCGUCUCGAUCAAAAUCGUGCCAAAUCUCAAAUAGCCUUGAAAGCAGGUGUAAAUGUCAAGGAUGUCCACAAUGUAAUUAUCUGGGGCAACCAUUCAUCAACUCAAUAUCCAGAUUAUCGUUGUGGUUAUAUUAAUCUUAGCACUGGUAAAACUCCAAUCAGUACUGCAAUCAAAGAUGAAAAAUGGUUACAAGGUGAAUUCAUUUCAACCGUUCAAAAAAGAGGUGCUGCAGUUAUUGCCGCCAGAAAAUUAUCUUCUGCCGCUUCCGCUGCAAAAGCAAUCACUGAUCAUAUGCAUGAUUGGGUACUUGGUACUGCUGAAGGUGAAUACGUUUCAAUGGGUGUUUAUUCCGAUGGUUCCUAUGGUGUUCCAGAAGGUCUUAUCUUUUCUUUCCCAGUUAAAUGUGCAAAUGGUAAAUACACUAUCGUUCAAGGUUUACAAAUGGAUGAUUUGAGUAAAAAUUUAAUUAAUCUAACAACUGAAGAAUUAGUUGCUGAAAAAACUACUGCUCUUCAAUUCUUAAGUGAAUAA